ACGGCCGUCGGUAUCCAGGGUAGGGGGAGAAUAACGGCCACGGCGGGGACCACGGAGAUCGAAAGGGACGACUGGUGGUGUUCGGGCGGUGUUUGGGGCGCCAUGGACGAAGCUAGCAGCUGUGGCAGCGGAGGCGGCUUCCGCCCCGGGGUGGACAGCCUGGAUGAGCCGCCCAACAGCCGCAUCUUCCUAGUGAUCAGCAAGUAUACGCCGGAGUCGGUGUUGAGGGAACGCUUCUCGCCCUUUGGGGAGAUCCAGGACAUCUGGGUGGUGCGGGACAAGCACACCAAGGAGUCCAAAGGCAUCGCCUUCAUCAAGUUCGCCCGCAGUUCGCAGGCCUGCAGAGCCAUGGAGGAGAUGCACGGACAGUGUCUCAGCCCCAGCGACUCCAAGCCCAUUAAGGUUUUUAUUGCCCAAGCAAGAUCAUCUGGGAGCCACAGAGAUGUUGAAGAUGAAGAACUUACAAGAAUCUUUGUUAUGAUACCAAAAUCAUACACUGAAGAAGAUCUAAGGGAUAAAUUUAAGGUCUAUGGAGACAUCGAGUAUUGCAGCAUUAUAAAGAAUAAAACCACUGGAGAAAGUAAAGGUUUGGGCUAUGUAAGAUACUUAAAGCCAUCACAAGCGGCCCAGGCCAUAGAAAACUGUGAUCGAAGUUUUAGAGCAAUCUUGGCUGAACCUAAAAAUAAAGCAUCUGAAUCUUCUGAACAAGAUUAUUAUAGUAGUGUGAGGCAAGAGGCAUUGGGACAUGAACAUAGAGUAAAUAUGUUUCCUUUUGAAGAACAGCCAGAAUUUCCCUCUUUUGAAAAGAAUGAUAUCCGAGGCCAGGAGACCAUCUCCAAACGCUUGUCAGUGGUAUCACGAGUUCCUUUGACACAAGAGCAGCUCUACAGCAUUUUUGAUAUAGUCCCAGGCUUGGAAUAUUGUGAAGUUCAACGAGAUCCUUAUUCUAACUAUGGUCAUGGAGUGGUUCGGUAUUUUAAUGUAGCUUCAGCUAUAUAUGCAAAGUAUAAGCUGCAUGGAUUUCAGUAUCCUCCUGGAAAUCGGAUAGGUGUCUCAUUCCUUGAAGAUGGAAGCAAUGGAACAGACCUCCUUAGGAAAAUGGCAACCCAGAUGGUCGCUGCACAGCUUGCAUCAAUGGUGUGGAAUAAUCCUGGUCAGCAACAAUUUCUAGCAUCUUUGCAAUUUGGAGGAAAUUCUGGGUCUCAGUUGCCUCAAAUUCAAACAGAUAUUGUGCUUCCAUCAUGUAAAAAGAAUGCCCCACCUGAAACCGCUGUGAAGGAAAGACUUUUUAUUGUGUUUAAUCCUCAUCCCUUACCUUUGGACGUAUUGGAGGAUAUAUUCUGUCGUUUUGGGAAUCUGAUUGAAGUCUACCUUGUAUCAGGAAAAAAUGUGGGGUAUGCCAAGUAUGCAGAUAGAACAAGUGCUAAUGAUGCCAUAGCUACUUUACAUGGAAAAAUUUUGAAUGGCGUCAGACUUAAAGUUAUGUUGGCAGAUUCACCCAGAGAAGAAUCUAACAAAAGGCAAAGAACAUAUUGAUCAUACAGAACAGAUACUAAAUAAUGACAUAACCCUCAGCUGACUGACUGAAAAAUGUGACUGGACGCACUCCCUGUGGACAGUUGACAGCUUUUUUUUGUAUAAUUUGCUAGUUUGUGCACAACAUUGUCUUGUUGGGGGGAGCAGAAUUUGCAGACAUGUAUUUUAAAUCCACCCAUUAAUGCUAAAAGUAAUACAGUAGUUGUUUGGAGAGAAAUGUGUUUUGUUAUGUUUAGAAGAAAUAAAGUUUUCUUUGUUUCACUAAA